UUUUUUGAAGGUGAAUAGUCUGAUAGUCUGAAAUUUACCCGAAGUGUGGGACAUUCGGUUGUACGGAACAAUACAAUUUGACACAAGGGGUUUCAUUAGAUCAUUACCGCCUCAAGGUGGAGCAUCCCCGCAUGUUUACCUAUCAGUUUUCAGAAAAGAGUUCGAUGGAGGAAGGAGAAGAGUAUUCACUGCAAAAGAACUUGACAUGGAAAACAUCACCGUCUUCAUCACUCAUAUCCGAAUCGAAUUCAUUCCUGUCAUCAACACUGGGUAGGGUUAUGAACACACUGCUCACCGCCAAGCCCAAAAAGCUCCAAGACGCAAUUUCUCGUCUACAGCCCUCUCAAAAAACCGCACCAACCAGAGUUUCUUUGGAACAGUCACUUUGGUUCCUUCACAAGUACGCUGUGGAUUCCCGGGAGAAAGAGGACCGUUUGGACCAAGUUUUUAUUCCCAUGAUUGAACAUUCAUUACAACUCAAAGCUUCUAAAGAGAGUAAACAGGAAGUACUACUUCUCAAUUGGCUUUUCCAAGAUGGAAUUCUUUUCCAAGCUCUUGCGAACAACUUAGCAGGAAUUAUAUCUAGGCGAGAUGAUUGUUACAUUUCCCUAGGCUGGUGUAUUCUCACUCGGAGUCUCUUAGAAUUUGACUGUACUGCAGAGAAGCUCAUAACACAUGGAAUAAGGGAGAAGUAUGACGGGCUUCUUAAAACUUUUUGCUCUUGUAUCCCACGUCUCAUAGCUAUUGUAUGCAAUGGGAGCACUUUGCAGGAUGGAUUUGAGUUGCCAACGAGGCUUGCAGUUGCUGCUGCUGAUGUUAUUCUAUCUCUUUUAGCAUCAAUGACAAAAAAGGAUACUCUUUCGGGCUCUCUGGACUGCAAGCUAAAGUCUUUUUCUCCCAAUAAAAGCAAUAACUCGACAAUGCUUCUACCGCAUGCUGUGAGUGAGAAGAAAUUAAACAAGACCUUCAAGAGUUCUCAAUCCACAGACAUGGAAGUGAUGUUCUUACUUUGGGAUCAUCUGGAUGAACUCAUAAUUCUUGCGGAGAAACUUUUAAUUUGGAGCAGGAAAGGUAGGCCUCUGCAUGCAAAAGGUCUAGAACAGGUCUGCAGAUGGUUGAAGGCGACAAAGAGAAACUAUGAAUGUGCCACACAUGAUGAAGAUUCAAGAAUGCAGAAGACAGGAGCUCUACUGCUAUCUUCUUGUUGGAAAUAUUAUGGUUUGCUGUUGCAUUUAGAAGAUUACAAAAUAUCUGGGCAAUAUAGAGAACUGUUGGAGCAGUACUUGUCUGGGAUCCAGUUUUUUGCAGAUACCCAAUCUGAAAAGCCUUCUGAAAAUAAAGAUAGUGGAACUGAUACCCUGAAGUUUUUUAUCAAUUGCCUUUGCCUUCUAUUGGGGCGAUUAGUUGGUACAGAAUUUGAAACUGCAAUCUCAGAAUAUGGUUCACAGAUAUGUCAAGCUCUCACACCACAGCUUCAUAGUGCUGAUGGUGAAGUUAUUGAGGGAGCUACUUGUGUCCUUCGAGUUGUCAUCUUUAAGACAAACAGAAGAUUGACCAAAUUUGCUGAAAUUAAAGAGAUGGAUGCUAGUCUACCUAUGCUGUUACACCUUUUGGAUGAGCAAGAUGGUGCAGCAAAAGUUGUGGUUAAGCUCAUUGCAGAGUAUUGCUCCAUAUGCUUAGACAUUAGAUGUUUCCAAAAUGUUUUGAAGCGCCUUGUUACUGGAACUCUUUCACAGAAAAGAAAUGCUCUCCAUUUUAUUUCAGACAUUAUCCAUAUAUCAAUGGAAUCAGAUUGUGCACUCCCUCAAUCAAUGAGGCAAGAUAUAGCGAACAACUUGUUGGCUUUUCUGCAAGAAGAAGAUGUCGUUAUUUGCAAUCAAGCAUCCAGGUUGAUCCCUUUUGUUGAUCCUUCUUUAGUUCUGCCUGGAUUGGUGAAUCUUAUCUAUUCGCCAAAUGAAGGAGUACAAUCAUCUUCUGGAACUGCAUUCGCGUCAUUACUGAAAAACUACAAAGAUAAGCCUGAGAUUGUAUGCAUCCUAAUAGAUUGUCUCAGCAAUACUCAAGCUGUUACCAAUGGAUCACACUUAGAUUUUGAAAAGGUGCUACAAUUGCUUCAACAGUGGUCAAAAACUGUUGAACAUUGGGAUUUAUUGAUUGGCUCCCUGGUCAAUAAGCUCUUCAUGGAUCCUUCAAAUGCAGUUACUGUCAGGUUUCUAAGCUCCAUAAGUGAACACUUGGCAGAAAAUGCAGAACUAGUCUUUCAGCAACUUCUAUCUUACACGAGAAAGAAAGAGGACAUCUUCAAUGAUAGUUUGUGUGCAAGCAAUGGUACUGCAAAAUGCGAACUCUCGAUUUUCAACCGUCUUUGCCCUUUGCUUGUAAUUAGGCUUCUUCCCUUGAGUGUUUUUAACAAUCUUGGUUCUUCUCUCAUGUAUGGUGAACUACCAAAGAAAUUGGCUACUGGCGAUAUCAAAGGUUUCAGAUUGCUUACUGAUGAGUGCAUUACAACACUGCUAAUCCAAAGGGCAUUGAACAAGAUUGAAUUUGAAGAUGUCCGGAAACUUUCAGCUGAGCUUUGUGGGAGAAUUCAUCCCAAGGUUCUUGUUCCAAUUAUUUCCUUUGAAUUGGAAAAUGCUACUGGUAGCCCAGAUCUACUAAAGAUUAAAACCUGUCUGUUUGUAAUGUGUACAUCACUAAGGAUCCGAGGCAAGGAAUUGUAUAUGCUUCUAGAUGUGCCUAGAAUAAGGAUUGCAAUAGAAGCUAUUUUAUUAUGGCCUUCCAUGGAUGCAGACAAUGUUUCAAAGGCGCAACAUGGGUGCAUUGACUGUCUAGCAUUGAUGGUGUGUACAGAGCUACAAGCAACAAAAGCAUCCGGGAAAUCAAUUUCAUGGGACGCACUUGACAGCUCAGUUUUCUAUUACGUAAUUCAGCAAUUGACUUGUGAGGAUCUAGACAAACUUCCUCUUGAGAUGGGUACAGGGGGGAAAACCACAGCUCAUAUCUCAUUUCGUCUGUGCAUGGCAAAUGUGCUCAUCAGUGUUUGCCAGAAGAUACCAGAGCCUAGCAAAAAGGAUGUUGCUUCUAUAAUUCUUCCCAGCAUUCUUCAAUCAAUCAAGAUAAUCGCCGAUUCAGGCAUUAGGUCUGCAUGCAUCCAGGUUAUGUUUUCGGCUGUCUACCAUCUAAAGUCUGCGGUUCUUCCUUACUCCUCUGUUAUUCUUGAAGCGACCAUCAGAUCACUAAGAGAAGAGUCUGACAAGGAGAGAAUGGCAGGCGCCAAGUUACUUGCAUCAUUAAUGGCGAGUGAAGAGGCAGUAGUACAGAGCAUUUCAGUGGGAUUGUUGGAAGCCAGAGACUUGCUCCAUGUUCUUGCUCUAUCUGAUCCUUCAUCGGAUGUACAAAGUAUGUGCCAGAAGUUGCUUGCAUGCAUGUCUUCUCCCUGAAUUAUCACACUCUCGUCCUUUAUCAUAUGAUGAUUGGAUAAGCAGACAACAUACACUUAUUAUGGGUUAUGCAAAAAUAAAUGAACGACUUGGGUAAAGAUAGUGUGAACCUCAUUUUCCAACUACUCCAAUGCGGGCUUACCUCUGUUUGUUGGAACUGUUCCCAUGUUGGUCAAAGAUGCUGCGGACGCUACCCUUUCAACUGCACAAGUGCAUAUCCCAGGUUCGAAUGUCACCGUGAAAAAGUUGUGUAAUGUUUUGUUAAAAUAUGGAAAUGGAUUCCUUUAAGCCAGGGAUCGCAAACCCUAUUUGUAUCAUAUUGGGCCUCCAAUGCAAGAAAUACUUAAAUUAGGCACCUUGCUCAUAGGUGAAGGACAUCCCUUUGCAGGUCAGGAUAGCAUCCCUAAUA